AGAUUCUGUGUUGAUUUCUUGCUACAAGAUACAGUACGUCUUUGGCAGUCCUUGUCCGUUUGAGUCUGUCUUCUUGAGUGCAGAAUCGACAGCAGUAGGUAGGAUUUUCAUGGAUUAACGUGGCUGGGGCCUGGCCUGGCUUUAUUUGGUUUAUCUACUCAUCCCAAUGAUCCUGCGGUACAUGGUUCGAGCCAGUUUCAGAGGCUAAUUUUUGAGCAACUCCGGCCCACUUUUAGUUUUUGGUGGCCAUGGUGCGUGGAGCAAGGAAAGCUGUUGCUGUCGGAGUUGCGGUGGCUGUUGCCUGCAGUGUCCAGCAGCACUUGAAUUUUGUGCCUGGGCCUCGGCAUGCUGCUCCAGUGGCCGCAGCAGCAGCCAGCAUGAUGAUGGCUCCUGCGGCUUUUGCUGAUGAGAUCGGCGAUGCUGCAAAGAAGCUUGGAGAUGCUUCCUACUCUUUUGCCAAGGAAGUGGAUUGGAACAAUGGAAUUUUCCUCCAAGCCCCUGGCAAGUUUCAGCCCUUGAAGGCGUUGAAAGCAAUUGACAAGAUGAUCGAAAUGGGGGCAGCCGCGGAUCCCAAGCUUCUCAAAGAGGCAGCAGAAGCACAUCACAAGGCCAUCGGGAGCAUCAGUGGGCCAAAUGGUGUGACUUCGCGUGCUGACUGGGAUGCGGUGAAUGCAGCCCUUGGCCGUGUAGUCGCUUCGGUCCCCAAAGCAAAGGUCAUGGCUGUUUACGAUUCAGUGAAAGACAUCACGGACUCCAAAGUGCCAGCUUACAUGAAGUCCUUGGUGAACGGACCCGAUGCCGAGAAGGCCUACCAAGGAUUCCUGGAAUUCAAGGAUGUUGUUGCAAAGAACCAGGUGACCACCGCCAGUGCUCCUGCAGUUGUGCCUUCUGGGGACAAGAUUGGUGUAGCUGCAAAAGCGUUGUCCGAUGCAUCCUAUCCUUUCAUCAAGGACAUCGAUUGGCUGUCGGACAUUUACCUGAAGCCGCUGCCCGGCAAGACUGCCCCAGAGACCCUGAAAGCCAUUGACAAGAUGAUCGUGAUGGGCGCGAAGAUGGAUGGAAACCUCUUGAAGGCAGCAGCAGAGGCACACCACAAGGCCAUUGGCAGCAUUGAUGCCAAGGGUGUUACAUCCGCGGCCGACUACGAAGCUGUGAACGCAGCCAUUGGUCGCAUUGUGGCAUCUGUGCCCAAGGCCACUGUGAUGGAUGUGUACAAUUCCAUGGCCGGCGUCGUUGAUUCCACCGUCACCAACAACAUGUUCUCGAAGGUGAAUCCAUUGGAUGCAGUGGCUGCCGCCAAGGGUUUCUACACCUUCAAGGAUGUCGUGGAGGCUUCCCAGCGCUGAAGGUGAAGACCAUCAACAUGAAGUUUCGACAUUGCUUUGAUAUGCUUUGACUCUUUUUUUAAUCUUGUAUCUUGUAUAGCACGAGCCUCUGAAACAAAUGGAAAAAAAGCUCACAUUUUGCUUUGUCACCAAUGUAUCCUGCUGUAGCUCCCAUGUUUUCCAGAUCAUUCG